AUGUCGGAAUCAUAUCCCAGUUUAACGCAGUGUGCGGUUGUGGCCGCUGCGUUCAAAGUCCUUCUGUUUCCUGCCUACAAAUCCACAGAUUUCGAGGUACAUCGCAACUGGCUUGCCAUUACCAAUAGCCUUUCUUUAUCCGAAUGGUAUUAUGAGAAGACGUCAGAAUGGACUCUCGACUAUCCUCCCUUCUUCGCUUACUUCGAGUGGGUUCUCGCGCAUUUGGCUCGACUGGUCGACCCCGCGAUGGUGAAGGUCUACAAUUUGAAUCACGAAAGCUGGCAAACCGUAUACUUUCAACGCGCAACUGUUAUCGCUACCGAGCUACUACUCGUUUACGCGCUUCAGCUUUUUAUAGACUCGACACUUCUACCAUCGAGGCGAGCUGCUCAGGUUGCUGCAUUGUCUGUCAUGCUCUCCCCCGGCCUGCUGCUUAUCGACCACAUUCACUUCCAAUACAACGGUUUCAUGUACGGCAUUCUUCUGUGGUCGUUGGUUCUCGCUAGGUCCAAGUCCACACUUUUGCAGAGCGGACUUGUUUUUGCCGCACUUUUAUGCUUCAAGCAUAUUUACCUCUAUCUGGCCCCUGCGUACUUUGUGUUCCUCCUGCGGACAUACUGUCUUUCGACCAAGUCAUACUUCCAGAUCAAAUUCCUAAAUUGCAUCAAGCUUGGAUUGGGCAUCCUGUCUAUUUUCGCCGCGGCAUUCGGUCCCUUUGCUCUUAUGGGACAGAUUCCACAACUACUUAGCAGGCUCUUCCCUUUUUCCCGUGGACUCUGCCACGCUUACUGGGCUCCCAAUGUGUGGGCACUCUACUCCUUGGCGGACCGCGUUUUGAUUCAUCUUGCCCCAAGAUUGGGCCUUGACGUAAAAUCAGAGGCUUUGCAGAGCGUCACUAGAGGGCUAGUUGGCGAUACCGCCUUCGCCGUUUUGCCCGAGAUCUCACCUAGAGUGUGCUUUGUUUUAACACUGCUCUUCCAAGGUCUUCCCCUCCUCAAGCUCUUUCUUACGUCUAAUCCGUCAUGGGAGUCAUUUGUCGGUGCUGUCACUCUUUGCGGGUAUGCAUCGUUUCUCUUUGGGUGGCACGUUCACGAAAAGGCCAUUUUGCUGGUCAUCAUCCCCUUUAGCCUCAUCGCGCUCCGGGACAGAAGACAUCUCGGUGCCUUUCGCCCAUUGGCGGUUGCUGGUCAUGUUUCACUAUUUCCAUUACUGUUUACGCCCGCGGAAUUUCCUGUCAAGACCAUAUACACCGUCUUCUGGCUGGUUCUAUUCUUGAUGUCGUUUGACCGGCUGGCACCAGCAUCGAGUAAGCCCAGAGUGUUUCUGCUGGAUCGCUUCAGCACAUUGUACAUUGCGGUGAGCAUUCCAUUAAUCGCAUAUACAUCUUUGUUGCACCAUGUUAUUUUCGGAAAGAGCUAUGAGUUUCUACCACUCAUGUUCACCAGCUCGUAUGCCGCGAUAGGGGUCGUCGGUAGUUGGGUCGGAUACAUGGUGGUAUACUUUACCUCGUGA